AGCGCCCCUGCACAGCCCAGCAUGCUCCUGCUCCCAAUCCUGCUGCUCAUGCCCCAAGCCCAGGCCGCAGACUUCACAGGAUGUGGCGAAAGACCCAUUUUCGAGGGCAGGACUCGGUAUUCCCGGAUCAUUGGGGGGACGGAGGCCGAGGAGGGCGAGUUCCCGUGGCAUGUGAGUAUUCAGGUGGCCAAUGAGCACAUGUGUGGUGGCGCCAUCCUCAGCGCAUGGUGGAUUCUCACAGCUGCCCACUGCUUAAACUUCGAGGAGAUCGCCCCCAAAGAACUGAACGUGGUGGUGGGGACCAACGACUUAACCAGCCCGCACAUGGACAUUAAGCAGGUCACCAAGAUCAUCCUUCACAAGGACUACACGCGAGCCUACAUGGACAGUGACAUCGGCUUGCUGCUGUUGGCCUCACCCAUUGAGUUCAACGGCCUGAAAGUGCCCAUCUGUUUGCCCCCCACACCCAGUCCCAUCAGCUGGCACCAGUGCUGGGUGGCAGGAUGGGGACAGACCAAUUCAACUGAAAAAGCCUCCAUGACGAACGAGCUGAUGAAAGUGCCGAUGGUCAUCAUAGACUGGAAGGAGUGUUCCAAGCUGUUUUCAAAACUCACCAAAAACAUGCUGUGCGCCGGGUACGAGAACGAGAACUACGACGCCUGCCAGGGUGACAGCGGGGGGCCCCUCGUCUGCACCAGAGAUGCCUCAGGCAGUAAGUGGUACCAGGUGGGCAUUAUCAGCUGGGGCAGGAGUUGUGGGCAGAAGAACACCCCAGGAAUAUACACCCUCUUGGCCAAAUACGUCCGCUGGAUCAAGAAUGUGACGCAGCUGGAGGGAAGGCCCUAUAGCCUUGAGGCACUGAGGAAUUCUCCGAAACAGCCGCUUCAGUACUCCAGAACCUCAGCAAACCCCAUGCCCUGGCUCCUGCCCUGCCUCCUGCCCUGCCUGUUGCUCAGAGCUCUUUUCAACUGGUAUUAA